AUGCCGCCAAAGAAGCGUGCAUCCAUUGGAAGAGUUGAUCAUAAGGCCAAAGAGGUCAGGGAUCAAAGAGAGGCUGAGGUCUCUGAGCAGCAUCAGGAACGGCUAGAAGGCAAUCGUGUUAGAAUAGCCGAAGCGAGGGCAACGCAAACGCUGGAACAGCGUGAAGCAAAUCUCUCGCAAACUCGCUUGCGGCUUGCUGUUCUGAGAGCCUCAAAGACACAAGAAAGUCUCAACUCCCGACUGGAAGAGGAUCGAGUGAGACACGCUGAAACUAGGUCUCAAGAGACGGCAGAACAGCGCAUAUAUCGGCUCGAAGAGAAACGAUUGAGAACCGCUGAAACCAGAUCUCAAGAGACGGCGGAACAGCGCGAAGAUCGACUCGAAGAGAAUCGAUUAAGAACCGCUGAAACCAGGUCUCACGAGACAGAAGAACAGCGGGAACAUCGACUUGAGCACACUCGAAUGAGGGUGGAGGAGUCACGUAGAGAGUAG